CAGUGCGCGACCGUAAACACGACGUUUUCCUGGUCUUCGUCUUUUCACUACAGACCAAGGCUUCCCGUUUGCUUCAGUUUAAGGCUUUGGAGUUUGAGUAUUUCAUACGAUACGUGUUGACACUGCAGCGUCAAGAUGUCGUACAUGCUACCGCAUCUCCACAACGGCUGGCAGGUCGACCAAGCCAUUCUAUCCGAGGAGGACAGAGCCCUGGUCAUUAGGUUUGGACACGAUUGGGACCCAACAUGUAUGAAAAUGGACGAAGUAUUGUACAGUAUAGCUGAAAAGGUGAAGAACUUUGCAGUCAUCUAUUUGGUGGACAUCACAGAGGUACCGGACUUCAACAAGAUGUACGAGUUGUAUGAUCCUUGCACCGUCAUGUUCUUCUUCAGGAACAAGCACAUCAUGAUAGAUCUGGGGACUGGUAACAACAACAAGAUCAACUGGACCAUGGAGGACAAGCAGGAGAUGAUUGACAUUGUUGAGACCGUUUACAGAGGGGCGAGAAAAGGACGAGGUCUGGUCGUAUCUCCUAAGGACUACUCCACAAAAUACAGAUACUGAUUGGUUCUUCCCUUUCCAUUGCUUUGUGUGAAGCCCAAUGGGAGAAAAUCUGUCCUUUCAUUAUGAGACUUUCUGGACAGCUGGACUACAAAAAGGCCCAGAUUGAGACCCAAAAAAAUCAUGUUACAGCCAUGUCAUAUUUUUUCAACAGCAGUUAUGAAAAUCACAAUUUAGUUAUUUGAUUUAAUAAAUGUCAUGUUCAUAUUUUAACUGUUUAACUAUUAAAACUGGAUGUUUUACCUGAUAUGAGGCAUGUCUUGCAUUGCUUAAAAGUAGCCGUGCCAAAACCCGACCAUUGGAAUUAUUUUAUAAAGUCUUACUCAUUGAAACCAG